UACCAGCUCCCAGAGCGUCUUCCGGUGGGAGCUGUGCCGCUCCUUAUCAUGGGGACAAUUCAUCUCUUUAGAAAACCACAGAGAUCUCUUUUUGGCAAGUUAUUACAGGAAUUUAGACUUGUAGCAGCUGAUCGAAGGUCCUGGAAGAUACUGCUCUUUGGCGCAAUAAACCUAACAUGUACUGGCUUCCUGCUAAUGUGGUGCAGUUCCACUAACAGUAUAGCUUUAACUGCCUAUACUUACCUGACCAUUUUUGAUCUUUUUAGUUUGAUAACUUGUUUAAUAAGUUAUUGGGUGAUGAUGAGGAAACCUAGCCCUGCCUAUUCAUUUGGAUUUGAAAGAUUAGAAGUCCUGGCUGUGUUUGCCUCCACAGUCUUGGCACAGUUGGGAGCUCUCUUUAUUUUAAAAGAAAGCGCAGAACGCUUUUUGGAGCAGCCUGAGAUACACACGGGAAGAUUAUUAGUUGGUACUUUUGUGGCUCUUUCCUUCAACCUGUUCACAAUGCUUUCAAUUCGGAAUAAACCUUUUGCUUAUGUUUCUGAAGCUGCUAGUACAAGUUGGCUUCAAGAGCAUGUUGCAGAUCUUAGUAGAAGCUUGUGUGGAAUUAUUCCAGGACUUAGCAGUAUCUUCCUUCCCCGAAUGAAUCCAUUUGUUUUGAUUGAUCUUGCUGGAGCAUUUGCUCUUUGUAUUACGUAUAUGCUAAUUGAAAUUAAUAAUUAUUUUGCUGUAGACACUGCAUCAGCCAUUGCCAUUGCUCUGAUGACGUUUGGCACUAUGUAUCCCAUGAGUGUGUACAGUGGGAAAGUAUUACUCCAGACAACACCACCCCAUGUUAUCGGUCAGUUGGACAAACUUAUCAGAGAGGUAUCUACCUUGGAUGGAGUUUUGGAAGUCCGAAAUGAGCAUUUUUGGACCCUAGGUUUUGGCUCAUUGGCUGGAUCAGUUCACGUGAGAAUUCGACGAGAUGCCAAUGAACAAAUGGUUCUUGCUCAUGUGACCAACAGGCUGUACACACUUGUAUCUACUCUGACUGUUCAGAUUUUCAAGGAUGAUUGGAUCAGGCCUGCCUUACUGUCUGGGCCUGUUGCAGCCAAUGUCCUAAACUUUACAGAUCAUCACGUAAUCCCAAUGCCUCCUCUGAAGGGUACUGAUGAUUCAAACCCUGUCACAUCAACUCCAACUAAACCUAGUAGUCCACCUCCAGAAUUUUCAUUUAACACCCCUGGAAAAAAUGUGAGCCCGGUUAUUCUUCUAAAUACGCAAACAAGACCUUAUGGUUUGGGUCUUAAUCAUGGACAUGCACCUUAUAGCAGCGUGCUUAAUCAAGGACUUGGAGUUCCAGGCGUUGGAGCAACCCAAGGAUUCAGGACUGGUUUUACAAAUAUCCCAAGUAGAUAUGGAACGAACAGUAGAAUUGGACAACCAAGACCAUGAUGUGCUAUAAUUUAAUUUACUUUUAUGAGGACUAUUGACUCCUUGAGUUUCAGUUGAUUUAGUAAUCCACUUUGCAUUGACUGUUCAAUCAUUUACUCUAAAUGUUAGAGAGUAGUAGGCUUGUUCACAUUUCAUGAAACCAAUGAAACUAUAUUUUUGUAAAACAUAUUUGGGGCAGUGAGAACCUUUUAAAUGUUAUAGACUUUAAAUAGGCUUCCUUUAGAAAGCGUGUUCUCUAAAUUUGAAUUUUGCCAUCUUUGGUUUUGUAGUUGAUUGCAGUGUGAUAUAGCAUUACCUUUAUAAGAGAACCACUUGAUGGAGUAGAUUUGUCACAUUAUUAAAAAUAUAAUGCUUUCUUCAGUGAAAUUUAUAAACAUGCUUCUUGAGUACACAUUUUAGGAAAGGGGAAAAACUUCUAUUCUAAAAGUAAAAGUCUCUUUUAUAGGUUUUUCCAAACUUAAUUGCUACAUUUUUCUUUGAGGUCCUCCUGUGGUAUGCAAAGU